UUGCGACAUUUGUACAUUACACCACUCUGUCAAAGGCACCUCACCUCCAUGUCAAAAGCAGUAGGAACUCCAUCAGUCAUUGGUGGAUCAAAGGAUCCAGUUAAUUUUUUGUAACAUGUUUAUGAAUUCUAUCUUUAAAUCUUGCGACAUUUGUACAUUACACCACUCUGUCAAAGGCACCUCCAUGUCAAAAGCAGUAGGAACUCCAUCAGUCAUUGGUGGAUCAAAGGUAGGGAAAGGAAUAGCUUUAAAAAUUUAUAAUUUUAUUUCCCUCAGUGCAAAUUGAUAAUAUUUGGUAAUUGACUAAUUUUCUCCUUUUAUGCUAGUCUUGGAACAUUGUAAGGAUGUAAUAAAACCUAAAAUAUUCAACAUAGUGGAAACAUAGUUUUUACUAAAAAUAGAUGUACCUACUUGAUUAAUUCCUAGUACAGCAAGGCUUUUUCUAAACGUGAG